GGAUUGCAGAAGUUGCAGAAAUCCCUUUAUGCUGCGGAACAUCAUUGCUGGAGCUGAAUAAAGCAUAGCCGUAGUUCUUAAAUGUGUUUUUAAUUAAAAACCCCGAUUCUGGGGGAAAUGGAUGCCUUGGAGACUAGCAAGCGCUCAUAAUCUGACAAAAAGCGAACCAAUCCUUUGGAGAAUAUGGAUUAGGCAGAAAUUUACAAGGUCUCGAAUUCCAGAAUCAGUAUUUCAACCACAACCUGGUGAUCAUGAAAAAUAUGGUGGUAAUCCAGAAGAGCCUCAUAAACUACAUCUUAUCACGAGGAUCAGAAGUGGAAGACGGCGUCCUUAUUGGGAGAAAGAAUUGCUUGAAGAGCUUGGAUUAACAAAAAGAUUUGAUCCAGUGGUGCUUAAAAACAUCCCUUCUGUGAAUGCAAAACUGAAAGUCAUUAAACACCUAAUAAGAAUAAAACCAUUAAAAUUGCCUUAUGGAAUUCCAACUGAAGAUGAAAUACCUGAUACCUAUCUUAACAAGGUCACAGGUGAACUGAUAGUUUGUCGCCAUCUAAAAGAAGUGGAAAAGAACACAUCUGAUUCUUCAUAAUUAUGUAUUAAUAUUUUAUAUAAUAAAUGUAUUAAGUUGAGAAUUGUAUUGAAUUGUACAAAUUGAAUUUUGUAACUGACCUUCAGGAGGUAGCCUGCAACCAGAUUUGCUCCUACUGGAAUUUUUCAGACAGAUGUAUUUCUAUAUCUUGUUUCAUUCAGCAAUUGACUUGAAAGUAUUUAUAUCUGUUUUUUCCCCCUUUCAUUUGGGGAAGCUUUCCAUUUUCAGACAGAAGUCUUGUGAAUAUGUAUAUGGAUGAUGUUCUUGUACCCCGGCAUGUACCAAAUUUUACUUAUCCCAUUUUUGGUUGGUAAACAUUUCAGCUGAACUGUUUUGUUUGGAAAAUCUUAUGUUUAAAGAUAUCUGAUUCUUCUGACAUUCAUUUCACCUUUUUUAUUAACUUAAUUUUGUAUACUUUUUUUGUUUUAUGGGAAAUAUGAAUGUGAUUGCUUCCUGGACAAUUUAUAUACUGUUUCUCUGCCAGGAAAUCCAUAUUUAACAGCUUUUAAAGUAUUAAAAUUAAAGCAUGAAUGAAGGUCUGUUUAGAAGCUGAUUGCACAUAUUUUCAGGUCUACACUUUCUUUUUUUUUUCACAGUACAUACCCAGUGAAGUAGUCCAGGAAUAGAAUAGAAUAGAAUUCUUUUUUAUUGGCCAAGUGUGAUUGGACACACAAGGAAUUUGUCUUUGGUGCAUAUGCUGUCAGUAUACAUAAGGAGAAUAAAAUACAUUCAUCAAGAAUAAAAAGAUACAACACUUAAUGAUAGUCAAGGUUACUAAUAAGCUAUCAAAUCAUACUAGUAAACAAAUAAAACAAUAUAAAUUGAAAGAUACAAGCAAUAUGGUUAUAGUCAUAAGUGGGAAGAGAUAGAUACUAGGAAAGAAGAGAAGAAUAAUAGUAAUACAGUCUUAAUAAAUUGUCAGUGUUGUGGGAAUUAGUUGUUAAGCAGAGUGAUGGCAUUCAGGAAAAAACUGUCUUUGUGUCUAGUUCUGGUGUGCAGUGCCCUAUAGUGUCAUUUUGAGGGCAGAGGUUGAAACAAUUUAUGUCCAGGAUGUGAGGCGUCUUUAAAUAUUUGUAGAAAUAAUGUAGCACAUUUCUAAUUCAUUACUCAAAUUUUAAGUCUCUUAUCAGAUCUAGUGUAUUACAUUGAAUUAAUUGUUUAUCCCCUCGUGUUAGUUCUAUGAAUCAGUAAUGAUUGACUGAUUGAUUGAUCACAUCAGGGAAAAUUGUUAUGUGUUGAAUAUACAUUUAUCCAGUCUAUGUAGAUAAUGGAAAUUGCCCAUUACUAAAACAUUUUCUUUGGA